AUGGGGCGCUCACCGUGCUGCGAGAAGGCGCACACCAACAAGGGCGCCUGGACGAAGGAGGAGGACCAGCGGCUCAUCGCCUACAUCAGAGCCCACGGCGAGGGUUGCUGGAGGACCCUUCCCAAAGCCGCAGGUACUCCUCCAGACCCACCUCGGAGGAGACGACCGGAGGGCUAUUGGUUCCGUCCUGGUUCUGUUCUGGGUUUGGAUUUUUUUUGGGGACGACGCUGAUCGCCCUCCGCGCAGGUCUGCUCCGGUGCGGGAAGAGCUGCCGGCUCCGGUGGAUAAACUACCUCCGGCCAGAUCUCAAGCGGGGGAACUUCACCGAGGAAGAAGACGAGCUCAUCAUUAAGCUCCACGCCAUGCUGGGGAACAAGUGAGUGCCCUUCUCUACCUCCGUCGAUGAAUCUCCCCGUGCGCCGCCGGUAGACGGAGAGAGGCGUUGCACUCCGGUACCAUUUUUUCUCAAUUGUCUUCAAUUUAAUCUGACGAGUUUUUCGAUCAUAUGAAUGAUCAACGCCAGGUGGUCUCUCAUCGCCGGACGCCUUCCGGGGAGAACAGACAACGAGAUCAAGAACUACUGGAACACGCACAUCAAGCGCAAACUCCUCGGCCGCGGGCUCGACCCGCAGACCCACCGCCCGAUCGGCUCCAGGCCCGCUGCCAGCAUGGGCGCCGCCGCCGUCGCCCCGCGGGGACUCUCCUUCAUCGCUGACGCACCGAAGGCCGCUGCGGCGACCACCGUGAAAAUGGCGGCUGAGUCCGCCGAGGAGGGGAACGGGAGCGCUGCGAGCAUGGAGGACGAGUGCUCCCCCGGGCUCAACCUGGAGCUCUCCAUCAGCCUCCCUUUCUACCCUUCCAAGCCGUCGUCUUCAUCCACCGAGGCCUCCUCCAGCAUGACGACGACGACCGCCGCGGCAACCAGCGACAGCACGGCCGCAGUGGCGGCCGCAGAAUCUGCUCACAAGCCCUACACGCAGGCAAUCUGCCUAUGCCCAAACUUGGGAUUCCAGAGAAGCGGAGCCUGCAGCUGCCACGGCAUGUCCGACCCCCACGCCAUCAGAUUCUUCAUACCCUUGCAAGGCGGACAGCAUGUACUAGAUUAG